AUGUCGGUUAAACGAAAGUGUGAUUUUGAUCGGCCUGAAUCAUCUUCAACUCCGUGUUCUGAAGAUGAAACAAUGACUAGGAAAUAUAUUAAAACCGAAGAAAUUUUUAAUCAUAAUUCUCCAUUAAUUAAUGAACAUGAAUCAAAUGAAAAACAUUCAAUAUCUCCUCAUUUAUCUCUAUCCAAUGAAUCUCAUUCAGAAGAAACGAAAAUCCUACCACAACGUAAUCGUCGAAAAAAUAAUCCUUCUCAGUCGAAAAUAUCACAAAAUCCUUUAUCAUCAUCGACAUUAUCAACUUCAUCAUCAUCAUCAUCAUCAUCAUCGCCAUCAUCAUCCAUAACUAUUCCUAUGAUUCUUAACUUAAUCGAUUCAUUAGUUGAUGAAAAACAACUUGAUAAUAAUGAUGAAAAUCUUUUAGUAACUAUUGAUUGUCUUAUUAAUAGCUUAAAACAUUUACGUGAAAAAAUCAAAACAAUUAAUCAUGAUGAUACACAUCCAUUAAAUUUAUCUAAACCAAAAAUCAAACAAAAUAUACAUGAUGAAAUAAAUUCAACUACAACAUCAUCAAAUUUUCCUUUAACACCAACACUUUUUUCUUCACCACCAUUUUUUCCACCAUUUUCUGUUGCUAAUAUGACUCAUUUACAAAAUUAUUUAAAAUUAUCUGCUGCAUCCGUUCUUAAUGAUUCAAUUAAUCUAAAAAAUGGAGAAAAUAGAAAUUCAAGAUCUUCCUUACCAUCACCAUUUCUUGCUGGUUUAAAUAUGUUUGCUUUUCCACAGACAUCAGGUCAUUUACCUCAUCAUUCGUCAAAUACUAAAUCAACAACAUCAAUUGAAACAAUGAAUACAAAUCAUAAUAACAAUAAUAAUCAUCAUCAUUAUCAUCAUCAUCGUGAAUCUUCAAUUGACAAAGACUCAUCGUUAGCACGUCAAAUUUCAACAAAUCGAAAAGAACGAAAUCAUUCAAUAUCAUCGAAUAGUUUAUCAACAUUAUCUUCUAAUAAUGGAAAUAAUGAACCAUUAACAUCUAAUGAUCAUAUAAAACGUCCUAUGAAUGCAUUUAUGGUUUGGGCACGUGAAGAACGACGAAAAAUUUUAAAAGCUUGUCCAGAUAUGCAUAAUUCAAGUAUCAGUAAAAUCUUAGGUACUCGUUGGAAAGCAAUGAGUAAUGAAGAAAAACAACCCUAUUAUGAAGAACAAUCACGUUUAAGUAAAGUUCAUAUGGAAAAAUAUCCGGAUUAUCGUUAUAGACCUCGACCAAAACGAACAUGUGUUAUUGAUGGAAAAAAAAUUCGAUGGUCGGAAUAUAAACAAAUGUUAAAACAACAAAAAGUUGGUCCAUUCGAUGAACAAUCAUCACCUGAUGGUAGUCAUUAUCUACAUAAUGAUGAAAGUAGUUCAGAUGGUAGUAAUGCUUCACAGAAAGAACUUGUUUUUGCUGAUUAA